CGUGACCGCAUUUGUUGUGUCCGCACCGCUCGGCCGCUGAGCUGCAAUGUCAUCAUCUUCAUUUUCAUCAAUAUUAUCGCACUUAUGACUCACAUUUAUUGACCGAACUCAUUCGAAUCCGAGCCGAGCGGGAGCCCGAAUAUUUACUCAAUGCUUGCGGACUGAAAGAGACGAUAUUAGUGGCCUGUGCAGGAGAGACAGACGGAGUGUAAGGUUGUGAAGUUUUGAACGUUGAUUAUGGCCGUUUGGCAACAGUUUGGAUUGCUGCUCUGGAAAAACUAUAUUCAGCAAAAGCGUCAGAUCUUGGUAACUCUGGUGGAGAUCGCUCUGCCUCUGCUCUUCUCAGCCACCCUGAUCGUUCUGCGACAGAAGGUGCCGUUCACAAUCUACCCGAAUGUAACGCACUACCACAGUUUCUCUGUGAACGUGCUGCCGUUCACUCUCUGCUUCUCUGCCCGGGACCUGCAGCUGGCCUACGUGCCCGGCAAUGCUAGUGUGGUGCGGAAAAUCGCUGAGGAUGUUCAGCGGAGCCUGGGGUCAUGCCUCACUUCUGUCCGUGGCUUUGAAACGGAAGAACAGUUUGAAGAGUUUGUGAAAACAGACCCUGCAUCAGCAAAGAUCUUGGCAGCUGUUGUCUUCGAACACUCUUUCACACAUGAAGAUGAUCCACUUCCUCUGCAGGUUGGCUAUCAUCUGCGCUUCACGUACAGCCCCCGAAACGCUCCAGAUCGCGAGAAAUCCGAGCUCAACCCAAACAAUGAUCUGGACUGGCACACCCUCAGCCUGUUUCCCCUCUUCCAGCUUCCCGGACCACGAGAACAACAUGAGUCACAUGGCGGCACGCCAGGAUAUUUCCGUGAGGGUUUCCUGCAGGUGCAGCACGCGGUGGACAGAGGCAUCAUGAAGGCCUACAACAGCACGGCAGCGUCAGCCCUCUUCAAACAUACCCAAGUGCUUCUGUCCCGUUUUCCAUACCCAGCGUUCAUCUACGACGUCUUCAUCCUGGCAAUCCAAAACCAGCUUCCCCUGCUGCUCGUGCUCAGCUUCACCUACACGUCUCUGAACAUCAUUCGCGCUGUGGUACAGGAAAAGGAGAGAAAACUCAAGGAGUACAUGCGGAUGAUGGGUCUCAGUAACUGGCUACACUGGAGCGCCUGGUUCCUCAUGUUUUUCCUCUUCCUUUCCAUCUCCAUCUUCCUCAUCACUGUCCUCAUCUGUGUCAAGGUGAGUCCCAACGGAGCGGUUUUGACGUACAGUGACCCAACACUGGUGUUUGUCUUCCUGCUGGUGUUUGCCGUGUCCACCAUCAACUUCAGCUUCAUGAUCAGUGUGCUCUUUUCCAGAGCGAAUGUGGCCGCAGCAGCAGGUGGAUUCAUCUACUUUAUGAGUUACCUGCCAUAUCUCUUCCUGUGGCCUCGCUAUGACCUGCUGUCACACGCACAGAAAGUGUCUGCCUGCCUCAUAUCCAACGUGGCCAUGGCAUUGGGAGCACAGCUUAUCGGCAUGUUUGAGGGCAAAGGUACUGGGAUCCAGUGGCAUAAUCUGUUUGAGUCGGUGUCUGUUGACGAUGACUUCUCCCUAGCUCAAGUGCUCGGUCUCCUGCUGUUGGAUGCCUUACUGUAUGGUCUUGUCGCCUGGUAUGUGGAGGCUGUGUUUCCUGGAGAAUAUGGAGUCCCUCUUCCAUGGUACUUCUUCAUUCUGCCUUCAUACUGGUGCAGCAGUCCUCGUGUGGUCCUGCUGAAAGAAAAGGAGGAAGAGGAGGACGCUGAGAAGGCAUUAAAGGGCGAGUUCAUUGAAGAGGAGCCAGCUGGACUGGUUUCAGGGGUGAAGAUCAAACACCUGGGAAAGGUGUUCAAAGUGGGCAAUAAAACCAAGGAGGCGGUGAAGAAUUUAACACUCAACAUGUUUGAAAGCCAGAUUACCGUCUUACUGGGUCACAACGGUGCAGGCAAGACCACCACACUGUCUAUGCUAACAGGCCUUUUCCCGCCCAGCAGUGGCCGUGCAUACAUUAAUGGUUAUGACAUUUGUCAGGACAUGGCUCUGAUCCGACGCAGUCUUGGACUGUGUCCACAGCACGAUGUGCUGUUUGAUAAUCUCACUGUUCGAGAGCACUUGCUUUUCUAUACACAGCUGAAGGGUUACCCUCUUGAAAAGAUCCCGGGUGAGGUGGACCGCAUCAUUGGGAUACUUAACCUGGAAGAUAAGCGGAACGCUCGAUCCAAGACCCUCUCUGGCGGGAUGAAGAGGAAGCUUUCUAUCGGCAUCGCCCUCAUUGGAGACUCUAAGGUCGUGAUGUUGGACGAGCCCACUUCAGGUAUGGACCCAUCAGCUCGUCGGGCCACCUGGGACCUACUGCAGGGCGAGAAACACGGCCGUACCAUCCUGUUAACCACACACUUCAUGGACGAAGCCGACCUGCUAGGCGACCGUAUCGCUAUCAUGGCCAGCGGAGAACUGCAGUGCUGUGGCUCACCACUCUUCCUCAAAAACAAAUACGGUGCUGGUUAUCACAUGGUGAUCGUAAAAGACUCUUUUUGUAACGUGUCAGAGAUCACUCGACUAGUCCACAUGUAUGUGCCCAACGCCACUUUAGAAAGCAGUGCAGGCGCUGAACUCUCCUACAUACUGCCUAAAGAAAGCACCAACCGGUUUGAGCUGUUGUUUGCUGAGCUGGAGAUGAAUCGAGAGGAGUUGGGCAUCGCCAGCUAUGGAGCAUCUGUCACCACCAUGGAGGAAGUUUUCCUCAGGGUCGGAAAGCUUGUGGACUCCAGUCUGGAUAUUCAGGCCAUCCAACUUCCAGCUCUACAGUACCAGCAUGAGCGCAGGUCACAUGACUGGACGGUGGACGACUCCAGCAGUGUCAGCGGUUUGACAGACAUCACGGAUUUCACUGACAGCGGCACUCUUAUUUCAGAGGAUGGCUCCAACAUCAAACUCAACACGGGGGCCAGACUGUACAUGCAGCAGUUCUAUGCCAUGUUCCUCAAGAGGGCGCUCUACAGUUGGCGCAAUUGGAAAGUGAUGGUGGCUCAGUUUCUUGUGCCACUAAUUUUUACCGUCGUGGCCCUUGUGGUGGCCCGCACUGUCCCUGGAAGCCACAAUUCACCCCAACUCCGACUGGCACUAAAACAUUACGGCUCUACACGUGUACCCGUCACUGUCGCCGCCAAUGCGGGGCCAUUAGCUACAGCUCUGGCUGAACUCUACACUUCACAACUGCCUGCCCAGAAUGCCAUAGCUGUCACUAAUAUAACAGAUUUGUCGGAGUAUGUACUGUACAGUGCUGAGAGGGAGGGUGGAGCAUUUAACGAGCACUGUGUUGUGGGUGCGGCUUUCAAAAUCAAAGCUGCGACAGAGACAGAGGUCAUUGGCUACUUCAACAACCAGGGGUAUCACACCUCAGCUACGGCCCUCAUGUUGGUCGACAACGCUCUUUACAAGUUACUGGCCGGACCGAAUGCCUCCAUCCAGACUGGAAAUGAUCCGAUGCCCCGCAACAUGUCCGAGAUGGCCCAGAGCCAGCUUUCUGAGGGUCAGACUGGCUUUGCCAUCGCUAUAAACCUCAUGUAUGGCAUGGCAUCAUUGGCCAGCACCUUUGCUCUGCUCCUGGUCUCAGAGCGCUCGGUGAAGUCCAAACAUGUGCAGCGGGUCAGCGGGGUCUACCUCUCUAACUUCUGGUUCUCUGCUCUGCUGUGGGACCUUGUCAACUUCCUGUUGCCCUGCCUGCUCAUGCUGGUGGUGUUUCGGGUGUUUUCUGUGAAAGCGUUUGUAGCAGAAAACCACUUGGUGGAUGUGUUGUUAUUGUUGCUGCUGUAUGGCUGGGCUGUGAUUCCACUCAUGUACCUGCUAAGCUUCCUGUUCAGCACAGCCGCCACCGCUUACACACGACUCACCAUCUUCAACAUCAUCAGCGGUACCGCUACCUUCCUUGCCGUCACCAUCAUGACCAUACCAGAGCUGAAUCUGCAAAAUCUCUCCCACCUGCUGGACAAAGUCUUCCUGCUGUUCCCGAAUUAUUGUCUGGGCAUGUCCUUCAGCCAGUUCUACCAGAACUAUGAGGUCAUCACCUUCUGCACCUCCAGCCCCUUAGCGGAGAUCAUAUGCAAGUUAUACAACAUCACGUAUCAAGUGAACUACUUUUCUUUGGAGGAGCCUGGUGUGGGGCGCUUCCUGGUGGCCAUGUUCCUGCAGGGUGUGGUCUUCAUCGCCCUGGUCUUCCUCAUUGAGCUCCAGUUCAUCCACAUCCUCCUAAACCUCUGCAGGAGACGCAGGAAGACUCUGCUGCUGGCAGAAGAAGCUCUGCAGCCUGAGGACAGAGAUGUUGCAGAGGAGAGGAAAAGAGUUUUGGAUUGUCAGCCAGUGAUUGAGUCUAUGGUGGGCAGCCCACUCAUCCUGCAUGAGCUCAGCAAGGUGUACUCAGGAGGGCAGUCGCUGUUAGCAGUGGAUCGCUUGUCCCUGGCUGUCGGGAAGGGUGAGUGCUUUGGUUUGCUUGGAUUUAAUGGGGCAGGAAAGACCACGACAUUCAAAAUGCUGACUGGAGAUGAAAGCAUAACUUCAGGGGAUGCCUUCAUUGAUGGCUACAGCAUCAUCCGAGAUGUGAAAAAGGUGCAGCAGAGAAUCGGCUACUGUCCUCAAUUUGAUGCGGUGUUGGAUCACAUGACAGGGCGAGAAACACUGAGCAUGUACGCCAGACUGAGGGGAAUCCCCGAAAAAUACGUCUCAGCCUGUGUAGAAAAUGUCCUGCGCUCACUGUUGCUUGAACCUUACGCUGACAAACUUGUCCGCAGCUACAGUGGUGGCAAUAAGAGGAAGUUGAGUGCAGGCAUGGCUUUGAUCGGCGGUCCGCCCGUGAUUUUCCUGGAUGAGCCGUCCACUGGCAUGGACCCUGUGGCCAGACGCCUGCUGUGGGAUGCAAUUACACGCACCAGAGAGUCUGGCAAAGCCAUCAUUAUAACCUCACACAGUAUGGAGGAGUGUGAGGCAUUGUGUACACGGCUGGCUGUCAUGGUGAACGGUCAGUUCAAAUGUCUGGGCAGCCCACAGCACCUGAAGAGCAAAUUUGGGAGUGGCUACACGCUGCUGGCUAAAGUCCACAUUGAGACAGAUUUAGAGGAAAUGGACCUUCAGCUCUUUAAAGACUUCAUUGAAAGCACCUUUCCAGGAAGUUUACUAAAGGAUGAACAUCAGGGAAUGGUGCACUACCACCUGACUGACAAAUCCCUUACCUGGGCACAGGUGUUUGGGGUUUUGGAAACAGCCAAAGAAAAGUACCGCAUCGAGGACUACUGCGUGAGUCAGAUCUCUCUGGAGCAGGUGUUCCUCAGCUUCGCUCAGUUUCAGCACUGUUCCGAGAGUCACAGGAAAUGACACGCUACAGUGCAGAAGGGGGCACUCAGGCGCUCCUCGAAUUCAUCUCCAUCUGUUGAAUGGGAGGUACAGCCUGGGCUAACUGACCCUCUGGAGUCACACCACAAGACUGCUCAGGUGUCUAUCUUCAGAUGCACAUCUGUAACAUGAUCAUACACACAUAAAAACACUCCCAGACUCAACUACUGUGUCGAAUGGAAGCAGGACCACUAACCUACAAUCUUGGCCAGUCGAUUAACCGUAUAGGGUGUUUAUUAAAGUCUGUGUUCGUGUGUUUGCGAGCAGUUUGAGUUUGAAUGGGAAGUCCGUCACAUCAACUGAUACCGUCCUCAAAGGUGCAUCUUGCGUCACUGUGUCCUGACUUUGAAUUUUAAUUGGUGGGUACGUGCGCCACUAGGCCUGCAAUGAAAAGAUGUUUUUUCAUUAUUUGUGAGUGUGACAGGCAAAAUGUUGUUUGUGUGCACUUGUGUAUGAUCGUUCUAUUAUUUAUGAAUGUCUAUUUUUAUUGAUUUUUGUCCACUUGUUUUCAGCUGUGGUCUUAACGCAGAAGGUACAGUACGUGUUAUUCGCCCCUUACUGAUAAAAUAUGCAAAAAAGGUGGAAAUGUUUCUAAAUAUGGGAUGUCCAGAACAAGAAUACGAAAUAAGUCUAAGAACAUGUUGCACUUUUGGGAUUUGCAGUGUUAUAGGAUAUGAAAUAAAUGAAAAAAAGUUAUUAAUUUUUUAGAAUAUCAUUAACUGAAGAAUUUAUACGAUAACUUUGUUCCACCUUGUCUAGUCACUUCAAUUUUGCAUCACAGUCAGGUAUCAAUUUUUCAUGCAGAAAAUCAUUGUGGAAAAUAGAUUCCUCUUAAAAUUUGUAUUGCAACAUAACAUUUAGAUACAACUUUUUUUCUAUUAAAAAAUGCGAAAUCACUCAUUCUCCAAAGAAACGUUCCAUUCAUUUUUCAAACAAAACAUAGUUUGAAAAAGACACUUGUUUGUUCUCUCAACAUUUCCAAUUGAGAUUGAGACAGAUUUUUUUUGUAUUAUUGUGUAAUGGUCGGAUGGAUGGAUUAUCCUCUGUUUCGGGAUUCUUGUAAAAGCAAUGGACAAAUUUAAUUCUAACCAGUGUGACAUGGGCUUUUCGUAGAUGAACACUAGAGGGCAUACAGUGCCUUCAUUUAUGUCCACGUCAAACUCAACGUCUCUUUAGAUGCACUAAAUGUCCAAUUUGAUCAGGACCUGUCAUGGAGAAAAAUCGACAAUAUUUACUGAUGUCUUGUUAACAGAUGCUUUUUUUUUAGUUGACGCCAACACACUAUUCCAACUUUAUCCUGCUGUGUUUAUGUUUGAAUCUGAUGUUCAUUUGCACUAUAAAUGUGGACCAAUUCACACUUUUUGAAGGAUCCAUCAAAACGAGCAUGCAGUCCAUUAGGCGUGAAGUAUCGUAAAGCAAGAGGGUUACUUUUAAGAUUAGUUUCUAACUAGGGCCUCAUGAUUAACGUCUAAUCACGUUCAAUUCAAUGAAACAAUUUACAAAAAGUAGAUUUUUUUUUUUUUUGGGAAAAAUUUUAACCAACAUUUUUUCUGCUUGUGUUUCACGAAUGAGGCCCAGUUUAUAUAAGAAUGGUCUUACAAAUGAUUUGCACAGACAUUUGUUCUUGUGUUUGGUGAAUGAGGUCAAAGACAAUACCUAAGGCUGAUCUUCUGCUUUGAGGCCUUGCCUUAAGAAGAAGCCAUUUCUAAAGUAGCGUCACCCUGUGGUUCAUCGUGUGAAGUGACUUCACCAUUCCUUUAUUAAGAAAGAAGAGCCGCCAAGCUAAUUUCUCAAAUAUAUUGCACAUUGUUAUGCUAGGUUUCCUCUUUAGCACACUGAGUCAAUAUUGAGUCAGAUUGUAAGACGUCAAGAGUCUUCGACAUCACUAUAUCCGUGUGGCACCCUUCUAAAAAACUGUCUUUGAUGGGAAGUGGGGCGGAUGUUUCGCAGGCAGUACUGACAUCGCUUUAACUUGCCUUGAUCUAUUUUUCCGUCCAGAUUCGUGUUAAUUGAAUGUACUUUCUUAGCCAAGGGGGAAAACAUGGGCUUAUUUGUCACCUUAACCCUGUACAAACUGACAUACUGUUGAUAAAAUAGGGCUUUAAGGUGACUUGACCACAGAUUGUCUCUUUCUAUGGUUUUGUCGUUAAUUAGUCUGUUUUUCAUGCGUUUGCACAGUGCAAUGGCUGUCGUGUCUGAACUGCUUGUUAUGAAACUGAAAUACUGCAUUUUGAGGGCAGAGAAGGCAAAGUUGAAAAUGUUCAUCAUGACAAUGUUGAUUUAAAUGGAAAAUGUACCAUAAUGCAAAAAGGAAUUAUAAUCUUGUGUACUGUAUCACUAAAUUAACCUUGUGUACAAUGUAAGUAACAUUUUUUUUUUUUUUUUU